CUCCUGCCCAACACGGGCCUUGGAGUGUUUUGCGUUACGGAGGCAUUGACAUAACUUUGGUCCUACGACGGGAGAGUCUCUGGUUGAAACUAUCUGUUUUGAUCUUGCCGCGGUCUCCAAGUCCAUCAUCGUGUUGUACGUGACCGUUGGAAAUUAUCGGCGCAACUGAGCAAGGGUGCGCGCUCACUUGCAGGGAUCAACACAGUGGACAAACGAGCCUGAGAUGGAACCCCCAUCGGUGUGUGGAACGACUACACGAAGUGGGCGGAUAUCAAUUCCCGUGCUGGACUUUUGGCGAUCGGAAUCUGGCCUGGGAGAGAAGGCGACGGAAUCACGCGCAUCGGGAUGGCAGCAUCCCCGAACGAGUGCGGAGAACAAGCCGCCCGCCUCCUCGGAAAAUACCAUAUCGGGAUGGCAGCACCCCCGAACAAGUACCGAGAACAAGCCGCCCGCCUCCUCGGAAAAGACUAUAUCGGGAUGGCAGCAUCCCCGAGCGUAUACGGAGGAUAAGUCGCGCGCUUCCUCGGAAUGUACCAUAGCUGAGGGCGGAGUGCCCUCGACACGUACGGAGUGUGGGGAUUCGCUACCCGCUCGUUCUCGGCGGGCGCGUGUCAUGAGCGACGCUUCUAACGCGAGAGCUGUCGCUAGUUCACACGAGAGACAUGAUGUAGCAGGAAGGGACUCGAACAUCCCACGGGGAGCAGCUCCUGUUUUGGACUGGUGGCGGAGUCAGCGUUUGACCAAGACUCCCAGUGUGGGUGUCGUAGGAGCUGCGCGGUUCCCUUUAGGCCAACCCAGCACAGGAAAUCACGCCGACAUGGACAGCGCAUGCAGGCUGAAGACGGUUGGUCGGGACGCCAAUGGCGAGGAGGAACCGUGGACGAAGGCCCAAAUGCACAGUCUGCGCCGCGCGCAAGCAGAAACAGCCCCUUCCACGUCCGCCUUUUGGAGUGCUGUGGCCUGCAACGUUGACGGUAGGAAUCCACAAGAGUGCCAACAGAAGUGGUUCGAGCAUUUUGCAACACCUCGAGGUCGGUCCAGGAAUGCUUCCGCAAGAGGUUGCAUUUCUCAACGAAUUGGCACGCCCCCUUCAGAUGACAUGUCACGCAACACGCCAGCCGCAGCUGCAUAUAGAUCUCUAGCACCGGCCAAGCAAACACCCGAGCGGGGUGCCAGUGACGAUUUGUUUCAAGCAACUCCGAUACGGGGGCAUAGGCGGUUCGGAGUGCAGGCCCGAGGAGACGUGUUGGACACCAGGACACCCAGGACACCCGCUGGUCCCGGCGCGCCUUGUCGUGAUUCUUCGGCUCUGGAUGCAGCCCCAGGAUGCGAGGAUGCAGACUAUAAACGCGGAGUCAGCAGGAAAUACGUAAAGGCAUUAUCGAAGAGAAUGCGCAAGGGGGCGCUGCAGUCGGGCAAGAACCGUAAGGCUGCGCGGGGACAGGCCAUCAGAAAACCAGCGUCUGUGGUAGCGGGUCGCACAACCCACACCGCCGCGGUUUCGGGAGGGCAUAAGCUACAAGUGUGUGUCAGCGGUUCGGGGGCGGUGAGCGUUCAAUCAACUUACAAUAGUGACGACGGGGCUUCCAGCGUUUCAGAUGACGUCGAGAGCGACGACGACGAUAGUAGAUGAUUUGUUUUUUCCUGUUUUUUUGGCAGCUCCCGCGUGAAUACAGGUGCCGUUCAAUCUACCACCGGUUGAUGUGCCUUGCGUAGGUUAUGUGCAUACGUGCCGUGCGUUGAAUACUUCACGUCAAUAUACCUU